AUGCUUCCAAUCGUGCUCUUGGGCCUCAGAACAGCAUACAAGGAGGACAUUAAGGCAUCACCUUCAGAGCUCUUGCUGGGAACCUGCAUAAGAAUUCCAGGGUCAUUUUUCGUCCCUGACAACCAACCCAUUGCCACAACGUCGUUCCUGGAUAACCUGCGAAGUCACUUUCAAGCUGUGCAGCCAAGACCAACUUCUCACCACAUCAAGCCCAAAGUUUUCAGGCAUGAAGACCUAGGCACCUGUUCACACGUCUUCAAACUCGUGGCUGCAGUCAAGCCACCUCUCACACCACCCUACACUGGUCCACAUCGAGUCCUCAGGAGGCUCGACGAUCAUCGUUACAUCAUUGACGUCGACGGAAGACCUGCCUCCGUCUCCACAUCUUUACUGGUAUCAGGCUAUGUCGCUGACGACAACCCUGGACCUCAGUCACAGCACACAGUGAAACCUAAACGCACAGUUCAUUUCGAACUGCCUGAGCCAGAAGCCCAGGACCCUCCACCAGCACCAGAGAAUCCAGUUCCUGGGUUGCCUUCAGACCAGCCAACCUCCAGAGGGGGAGUGGCUGUGGCGCCACUGCCUAGCAGCGCCACCCUACCAAGUCGCCGCCAACGCAAGCAGGUGCUUGUUCCGCGACCCGAGUUUUAG